UAGGGACGGAAUUUGUUGCUACACCUCAGACUCGCUCGCAUCUAGCAUGAAUGGAAUGAUAUUAGCUGUAACAGCCUAGACACAGGAAUGGAAACUGGAUGCAAAGAUUUCCUAGAUAACAAUUUUAGUCCGUAUCGAUCUAUUUAACGUGUGGACGGUUCCUCUUUAUUCAACUUUAAACUGUUGCCUGUUUGUUUUUGUGUGUCUGCAGAGCUCAAGCUAAAUAGCUGCUAGCCUAAAACUACCAGUCAGGCUAGCGAACGCUAACAUCAGCUAGCAUCAGCCUGCUAGCUCGUCAUCAGGGCUCCAUCAACAUAGACCAAAAACAGAGCAAAGAUGGUUGAAUCGAUAUUUGACCUCCCGGUGGAAAAGCAGAUAUUUUAUGCUGUUUUGGGGUUUUCGUGGACGGUGUAUUUAUGGGAGGCAUACCUUUCUUACAGACAGAGGAGGAUAUACAGAUCAACUACACAUGUGCCACAGGAACUAGGGAAGAUCAUGGAUUCAGAAACAUUUGAGAAGUCACGUCUUUAUCAGCUGGAUAAGAGCAACUUCAGCUUUUGGUCUGGACUCUAUUCUGAGACCGAAGGGACGUUGAUCCUGCUCCUGGGUGGAAUCCCAUUUCUGUGGGCCGUCGCUGGUUCUGUGACAACUCGCUUUGGAUUUGGUGCAGAGUACGAGAUCACCCAGUCGCUCGUGUUUCUGACCCUGGCCACUCUGUUCAGUGCCUUCACUGGACUUCCCUGGAGUUUGUACAACACAUUUGUGAUUGAGGAGAAGCACGGCUUUAACCAGCAGACGCUAGGGUUCUUCCUUAAGGAUGCUGUUAAGAAGUUUUUGGUGACCCAGUGUAUCCUGCUGCCCGUCACCUCACUGCUCCUGUACAUCAUCAAGAUUGGCGGGGACUACUUUUUCAUCUAUGCGUGGCUUUUCACCCUGGCUGUUUCUCUGGUGCUGGUGACAAUCUACGCGGACUACAUCGCUCCGCUGUUUGACAAGUUCACUCCUCUGCCUGAAGGAGAGCUGAAGACAGAUAUUGAGACUAUGGCCAAGAGUAUAAGCUUCCCCCUCACUAAGGUUUAUGUAGUUGAAGGUUCCAAGCGUUCGUCACACAGCAAUGCAUACUUCUAUGGGUUCUUCAAGAACAAACGCAUUGUGCUGUUCGACACUCUGCUGGAAGACUACUCGCCUCUCAACAAGUCUGGAGAGCCACAACCCGAGCAGCCAGAAACCGAUGAUACGUCAUCCAGCGAAUCAAAAGCCAAGCCCAAGAACAAGAAGCAAGGAUGCAACAACCCAGAGAUCCUUGCAGUCCUCGGUCAUGAGCUUGGCCACUGGAAGCUCGGCCAUACAGUCAAGAAUAUCAUCAUCAGUCAGAUGAAUUCCUUCUUGUGUUUCUCCCUGUUUGCUGUUCUGAUUGGACGUAAGGAGCUGUUUGUGGCUUUUGGCUUCAAUGACAGCCAGCCCACAUUAAUAGGCUUGAUGAUUAUCUUCCAGUUCAUCUUCUCCCCGUACAAUGAGCUUCUGUCAUUCUGUCUGACAGUCCUGAGUCGCAGGUUUGAGUUCCAGGCAGAUGCCUUCGCACGCGGCAUGGGCAAAGCCUCCGAGCUCUACUCUGCCCUCAUUAAGCUCAACAAGGACAACCUUGGGUUCCCUGUGGCUGACUGGUUGUUCUCCAUGUGGCACUACUCCCACCCUCCCCUCCUGGAGCGCCUCAGAGCACUGGGAAGCGUCAAGCAGGACUGACGGGGCUGGACGGAGGGGCGGCGACCGCUGCCUCCUCCAAAGGGCCUUCGCAGACCACUCCUGGCCCUGUGAUGCACCCUGGUCUUUUUCUACCUAUUCACCCCCCCCCUUCUUGUUUUAUCUUGUUUUAGUCUUUUCUCUUCUUGCCAAACUUUCUAUUUUGUUCCCUUUUGAAACUUUGUUUUCAACAAAACCAAAACAUAUCAGCACAAGCCAGCCUAGAAAAUGCCUGAAUUGAAAACGCCGCUCUUUCCCGAGAGACACCUGAUAUACACUUGCAGAGAGCAACAUGUCUGGGCAAUGUGUGUUGAGCAAAAGCUAUUGUCAGAGCACUGGUCACACUCAGCAGACUGACCUGAAGGUUUAGUUUUUGAAAUACAGCUUUAUCCUCAUUACUUUUCUUUUAUCGAACAGUGCAUCCUUUCAAAAACUUAAAUUUUAUUGCAGAGCUUUCUCUCAGGGCUCUAGGGUGCAACAUUUUUUGGCCACUCAUGCAACCCUAAAUCUGUCAAAUGAAACUUAACUUUUUAAUUAGUUGCGCUGGUGUGCCUGAUAAUCAUCAAGUUGGUUUAAAAAAAGAACAUUACAAAAAUAUUUUUGUUACUGAAGUUUGUUUUCACAUGUGCUGUGAUUUAAAUGAAGUAAAUCAUUUAUCUGCAGCUCCAUAUCCAUUAACAAUCAUUUACAUAAUUUGUUGAGAAACUACAUUAAACAUUUUAUUGGGUGCACCUAAACGAUGUGAUGGUACACCCAACUAGCUCAAAAAGUUAGUGUGGAGCCCUGUUCAUGAUAUAAUACACACGACAUCCAGCUGUUUAAGUAUUUUUUUGACACUGAAAGGGAUUAAUCCUACAGUAAACUGAUUUUCAUUUAUUGUGGAUUUCAAAAACAACCAAAAAGUGACAUGUGGGCAAACGGUCUUUUUCAUACAACUUCAUAUGUACUCAUGACAGCACUUUUGCCAGAUACACAGGCCAGAAUUUGAUUUGUCCUUCAAGUGCAAUUGUUGCUUCUUUAGAAAAACCUCCAGCCAAGCUCAAGAGUAAAAACACUGAUCUAGUCAUCAACUCAAAUUGUCAGUUUUGCAAGAGGAACUAUGUAAAUGCUUUGUCACAGUGAAAAAAAACAAAAAAAAAACAUGUGCGGGCCUCUAAUUAUCUCUGUUUUGUGUUCCGAUAAUGGACUCAUUAUGAGCAGAGCAGUCCAGAAAAUUUCAUUUGAAUUUAUGUGAUUUUCCUUUUUACUUGCUUUUGGGGGGACCUGUUUUACUUUUUCUAAAGCACUUGCUUGCCGACAAGGUUCCAACCAUACCUGUACAUAUGUAACUUUGACGAGUAGAGUAAUUGCGUAUGAUGUGAAUAGUGAAAAAAAAUGUUGAAUGUGGUUUGAAAUUUCAAGUUGAUACUGUGUUUCUUAGUUUCUUCUCUUGGUUUUGGGCUGGAGUGAGCCCAGAGUUGCCUGGCAAGCAAAAUAUUUAUAGGAGACUUGGGGGAGGAAGUCUGCGAGGUUCCUUUCACCACAUAAGCCAGUGCUUGGUUUGUUCAGCGAGGGGACUGUAUAAUUUCUUUGCAGUAUUGAAUAAAAUCCUUCAAAGCAUU